AUGAACCCUCUUGAACUAAUUACCACUGCCAAGGGCAACCCCAGUUUAGUUCUCACCAACCAAACAGACCAUCAGGCUCUGCUUGCAAUCAAAGAUUUGAUAAAAGGAGAUCCUCUAGGUGCCUUGAGCUCAUGGAACCAUUCCAUUCACUUUUGCAAUUGGCAAGGAGUCUCAUGCGGUCAUCGACAUCAACGUGUGACAGUCCUAAACAUAUCAUCUCUCGCAUUGGUGGGUUCUGUAUCUUCUCAAAUUGGGAACCUCACCUUCCUUAGGAGGAUUGAUCUCGGUAACAAUAGUUUUCAUGGCGAAAUCCCACAAGAACUUGGCAAGUUGUUUCGUCUGCAGCACCUUCUGCUUUUGAAUAACUCUUUCCAAGGUGAAUUUCCAACCAAUUUGACUCAUUGUUCACACUUGAGAUAUAUCGAUAUGCGUGGUAACCGUCUAGGAGGUAAAAUUCCUAUCGAGCUAGGUUCUUUGUCCGAACUGAUGUCUUUGAAACUUUCAAACAAUCAUUUCACUGGAACUAUCCCACCAUCAAUUGGGAACCUUACCAUUCUAAGUUUGCUUGGUCUAAUGUACAAUAAUCUAGAGGGAAGCAUUCCCACCCAACUUGGGCAGCUUUCCAAGUUGGAGUUUCUUCAGUUGUCGGCAAACAAUUUGUCUGGUAUGGUUCCUAAUUCGCUUUACAACAUCUCAUCAAUCUAUUUAUUCUCCAUCACUUUCAACCAAUUGCAUGGAAUUCUACCACCAGAUUUAGGCUUGACACUUCAAAAUUUGCUAGGAUUUUAUGUUGAAUCCAAUCAAUUCUAUGGCCAAAUUCCAUCGUCAAUAGCCAAUGCAACGGGACUUGUGCAAAUUGAUUUUAGCAGAAAUUCUUUUACUGGGUCCAUGCCUAAAAGUCUGGGAACACUUGAUGCUUUGGAAGUAUUAAAUGCUCAUCAAAAUUCACUUGGCAAUGAAUUAAUGAGCAUCGUCACUUCUUUAUCCAAUUGUUCCAAUCUACAAAUUUUGGAUUUGGCUACAAAUCAAUUUAAAGGUUUGUUGCCUCAUUCUAUUGCAAAUCUCUCCCAGAUCACUUGGUUGAUUCUACGAAGCAACUAUAUAUCUGGAAGCAUACCUCUUGAUAUUGGGAACCUUGUCAAUUUGAAAUCCAUCAAUCUAGGUGAGAACAUGCUUAUAAGUAGCAUUCCAAAUUCCAUUGGAAAACUGUCCAUGUUGGAAAAACUCACGCUUGAUCAAAAUAACAUCUCUGGAGAGAUUCCAUCGUCUAUUACAAACCUGAGUAGGCUUGGUGUACUUGACCUAUCAACAAAUAUGAUUAAGGGAAACAUUCCUAUUUCUUUACACAAUUGUACCAAUCUACAACGCAUUCAUCUUGAUUACAAUCAUCUCAUGGGAGCAAUACCCUAUCAAAUCUUUGGUUUGUCUUCCCUCAUUAGUCUGUCCUUGAGUCAAAAUUACUUAAUAGGACUACUACCACAAGAAGUGGGUAAGUUGAAAAAUCUGAAUGCACUAUUUGUAUCAGAAAAUAAACUAUUUGGAGAAAUCCCCACCACUCUCGGCAAUUGUGAAGUUUUAGUAUUCCUCUACAUCGAAGGUAACCUUUUCGAAGGUACAAUUCCGAUGACCUUCAAACAAUUGAAAGGUAUUCAAGAACUAGAUGUUUCUAGGAACAACUUGUCUGGACAGAUUCCAAGGUUUCUCGGGGAGUUUCGAUUCUUUCAAUAUCUCAAUCUUUCUUACAAUAUGUUUGAUGGUGAAGUUCCGAAUGGAGGAGUUUUCACAAACAUUAGUGCCUUCUCAAUUGUUGGAAAUAGUAAGCUAUGCGGAGGAAUUAGACUAUUGCAAUUGCCUGCAUGCCCUAUGCAAGCCUUAAAUGAAAGGAAACGACCUUUCAACCAUAGAGUAAUAGUUCUAAUAGUUACUCUCACUAUUGUUCUAUUAUCAUUGGGCAUUUUAGCUAUUAUUUACCAAAACAAAAGGUCAAGACAGCAAGUCAAAUUAGCCUUGCCUUUGCAAAACCAAUAUUUACAACUCUCUUAUGGAGAACUUUUUCAAGCAACCAAUGGAUUCUCUCCAGCCAACUUAAUUGGUGAGGGAGGCCAUGGUUAUGUUUAUAAGGGGAUUCUCAACUCCGAUGAACAAAUUGUUGCUGUGAAGGUGCUCAAACUACACGAACAUGGAGCGAACAAGAGUUUUCUUACAGAAUGUGAAGCAUUGAAGAAUAUUCGCCAUCGAAAUCUCGUCAAGAUAAUUACAGCUUGCUCAAGCAUUGAUUUUCAAGGCAACGACUUCAAGGCUUUGGUCUUCAAGUUCAUGGAAAAUGGGAGCUUAGAAAAUUGGUUACACCCAAGUCUUUUAGAGCAACAUGAACCUAAGAACUUGAACUUUGUUCAAAGGCUAAACAUUGCCAUCGAUGUGGCAUGUGCAUUGGAUUAUCUUCACCAUCAUUGUGAAAUGGCUUUUAUUCAUUGUGAUUUAAAGCCAAGUAAUAUUCUUCUUGACGGUGACUUGUGUGCCCAUGUUAGUGAUUUCGGCAUGGCCAAGAUUUUUUCAACAACCAUUGGAAUAUCCAAUCAUCAGCAAUCAAGUUCAAAUGGGAUAAGAGGAACAAUUGGCUAUGUUGCUCCAGCACCUGGAAAUGAUAUUGAUGUAUACUUGAGCCUUAUAGUGGAUGAAUUGAAGGAGUUAUUGAAUACAUAUGUUAACCCUUAUGAUACAAUGAGUAAUGAAAUGUACCUUAUGACACUUAAGUCAUACAUUCAUAAUAAAUCCUAUCCUGACGGCUCCAUCGCAGAAGGGUACUUGAUUGAAGAUUGUAUGACAUUUUGUUCUAGGUAUUUAGAUGAAACCGAGUCCAAGCUAAAUAAACCUAUAAGGAAUUAUGAUGGAAAUGAUAAUGAUGGUCAAGUAGGGGGUCAUUCUUUAGGAAAAGAUGAAAAGUUUGUACUUAAUGAUAUACAAAAGAAAUAG